AUGACAAAGGUCAUGGCCACGGGUGCCGAGGAUAAGGAUGGAAGUCCGGGUAAUGCGAGCUCGGAAGUGAGCAACGCCGUCGGCGAGACUGCGUCUCAAGCUACAAGCGAUUCGACUGGCAGUGCCGGGGUGAAGCGCAGAAGCCCACACGCGGCUGAUGCAGGCGGCGACGACUGGCAACUUGUUCAACGACCGAAUAAGAAGGCGAAAAAGAUACCAAAGCCCGAUGGCAGCAAUUACCCAUCUAUCACGUUCUCAUCGCAGGCCAGACUACAGGCCAAGAUACAAAUCACUCAUCUGCGCGACCUGGUUCUAUAUAUCAUGGCAGACGGUUCCGCCCCCGCGUGGAUUGCCGUAAGACAUCGCCCCCAUUUCAGAAAAGUGGUAGUCCUCAUCGUACCUGGGCUGGAGGAGGCCAUGUUCAAGCAUGAUGUGGACUUUUCCUCCUAUAAUUCUCAGAGUACAAAGGAUGGUACGGGGCCACCGGCCGAUCGUACCUCGACAUCGCCAGACGACUAUUACCCGCGCGUGUUGAAGAAGGACCGGAUCCCGAAUGCCCUGAAACCUUUUGCAGAGAUGUUCACGCAUCUAUGGCCUGUUAGAGCUACUGGAGAUGACCGACAAGCGCGCAUGCACUCGCCCAUCACUACUUUUCUCACGGUUCCUCUGCCUAAGUCAGCAGAGGACAGGAGUAGGAAAGGUCCAAAGCCACCGAGAGAUCCUCAGGGCUGGAAGGAUGUACGGACACGAAUCACUGAAUUUCUAGUUGGCCCGGACCAGUAUUCUGAGAACGGCUUUCUUCCGCAUCCCGCCACGUUGACCGAUGAGGCGAGCCGCGUCACUUUCAAGGAUCAAGAGGGCUGGGUUCAUACCCAUGUAGAAAAGCUCGCGGACGGGGACGUUCCUGAGAACGAGAUCCAGCAUGGGAGCAUCACAGCAGGUCGUGAGAUUCUCGCGCUUGAUUGCGAAAUGUGUAUGACGGGCGAGAAGGAGUUUUCCCUCACAAGAAUCAGCGUCGUCUCUUGGGACGGCACGGUUGUCAUGGACGAGCUUGUCAAACCAGAAAAACCCAUCAUCGAUUAUGUGACACAAUUUUCUGGGAUCACGAAGGAGAUGCUCGAGCCCGUUACCACGACACUGGAGGACAUUCAGAACCGACUUCUCGCUCUCAUUACGCCGCGUACUAUACUGCUUGGCCACUCCCUGGACUCAGAUCUGAAGGCCCUACGGCUCACACACCCAUUUAUCGUUGACACCUCGGUCAUGUUCCCGCACCCGAAGGGCCCGCCAUUCAAGCACGCCCUGAAAUGGCUUGCGCAGAAAUAUCUCAACCGUGAGAUCCAGAAGGGACAUGGGACGAUGCGUGGACACAACAGUAUCGAGGAUGCAAAGACCUGCCUCGACCUAGUCAAGAAGAAAUGCGAGAAGGGAAAAGCAUGGGCGGCUGGCGAAUCCUCGGGUGAGAACUUCUUCAAACGCCUCGCUCGUGCGGGCACCGCGUAUCGGGCGCAAGCCGGCCCUGAUGCUACGGGUGGCAUUGCAUUGGGAAAGACGUCUGCGGCUGUGGACUGGGGCGAUGCCAGUCGCAGCGCCUGUGGGCUUGCAAGCGUUGUGCUUGGUGGCUGUAAGAGCGAUGCGGAGGUCGAACAAGGCGUGCUACGCGCCGUGAAUGGCGAUGAUGACGGCAGGGUAAUCAAGGGCGGAGGUGUUGAUUUCGUGUGGGCUCGCAUGCGCGAGCUGGAGGCUUUGCAAGGCUGGUGGAAUCGCAACAGGAUGGAGGGUGACGAGGCUGGCGGACCUCCCCCUGACCUUGCGGAGUUGCAUGCCUCGGCUCACAACAAUCCCUUCGUCCUCAAUGAGUCUGUGACAAGGGAUGCUGCUGGAGACGGUCUCGUACAACCUGGAAAGCUGCCACCUUCGGCACCGCCUAGCAGAGAACCGUCAAAGACAACCCUCGAAGAUUGCUUAACGCGGCUGUCCACGCGUCUGCAGCGCAUCUACGACGGACUCCCACCCUGCACGGCCUUCAUUGUCUUCAGCGGAAGCGGUGAUCCUCGGGAGAUGAGCAGGCUGCAGAAUAUGCAAUCACAAUGGAAACGGGAAUACAACACCCCUGGCCGCAAGUGGGAUGAGCUGAGUGUCAAGUGGACAGAUGUGGAGGAACAGGCCUUGAAGCGAGCAGUACGAAGAGCUCGUAAUGGUAUUGGAUUUGUGGGCGUCAAAUAG